AUGGCUGCACCAGUGGCGAAACGUAUCAAGACGCUGUCCGUGUCACGGCCGAUCGUGUAUGGAAAUACGGCGAAGAAGAUGGGUGAUCAGAAGCCGCCGAAUGCACCAGUGGAACACACACACCUCUGGACCAUAUUCGUGAGGGCACCUCAGAACGAGGAUGUCUCGUACUACAUCAAGCAGGUGGUGUUUAAGCUGCACGAGACGUACCCGAACAACACGCGGGUGGUGAACGCGCCGCCGUUCGAGUUGACAGAGACCGGCUGGGGGGAGUUCGACGUCAAUAUCAAGAUCAACUUUGCGGAUGUUGCCAACGAGAAACCACUGAGUUUGUACCAUCGACUUCGGCUGCAUCCUUACGACUCGCCGGGGAACCACAUUACGUCGGGGACCGACGAGAAGGGCGACCACAUCAUCAAAGCGUCCUUCUUCGACGAGAUUGUGUUCAACGAACCGAACGAGCAGUUCUUCCAAGUGCUCAUGACGAAACCAGGGAACUUGCUACCGCCGAACAAAUCCGACCAAUGCGUCUUUUCGAGACAACUCGAACAGGAGGAGAUCGACAGAAUGGACAUCGCGCUUAAGGAUGUGGAUAAACAGAUUUACAAACUGGAGCAGGAAAUAAACGACAAGAAAUAG